CUUUGACCCGGCGGUCCACAUUGCUUGGACCCUCACGUCGCUGAAUGCAGUGGCGGCCGACGUCUGGCCUGCAAGUUCGGCGACUUGUUACCCGGCACCUGGCACCUGCGCUGGGUCCUUUUGGCUCAAUGCUCCUCUCUUGCGAGUCGAGUGAAUCUAGACAGCUCAAGCGAGGAGUGGAGGGCCCGUGAGGACGGGCAACGAGGGCCGAGGAUGAGGUGGGCAGCUUCCACUGAGUUAUAAACGGCCAAUUUCCUUGCCUCUUGACCACUCAUCAGACUACCCAACGAUUCCCUUCCACUCUCUGCCACCACGAUGAAGGUGACUUCGUCCUCGCUCAUUGCGUUGGCCGCCGCUCUAGCAUCCGCUAGCAGCAUCUCGGCCGGCGUCAUUGCUCCUCGUCAGGCCUCAUCCGCGGCGCCCUCGGCCACGGGUGCCUCCGCCACACCUGUUGGUCCGGAGACUGCCUCAGCUUCAUCAACGGUCGACUCGAUGACGGACUCGGCUGCUUCUGCGUCUGCCUCGAGCGGCAGCAGCGACAUGUCGAUGUCGUCCGCGACGUCGAGCCCAUCCAUCUCAGCAAGCGCUCCUGCUAUGGCAUCACCCAGCGCCUUGCCGUCGUACAGUUCCCAGAACCUCUCAUCGUAUGCCAACUCAAGCGUUCAUGGUCCUCAGGGCCUGCGCAACUCCAACUGCCGCAACCUCACCAUCUCUGUGUCGACCAACUCGAGCAACAUCCAGUACAUCGACGUCGACGACCAAUACAGCAACCAGUCGUACAUCACGGCCCAGAUCCUGCAGUUCACCAACUUCCAGAUGCCAUGGAUCGCCGCUCACGAGAAUGGUACCUUCGUGAGCCAGCAGGACUAUAAUGUCAGCGCAACGUACUGCACGCCCAUGAGCAUGAACAGUACCUCCUCGACCAAUUCGACCGACUCGGGCAACUCAACCCUCAUCGUCGCCUCGCACGGCAUUGGUUUCAACAAGGAGUACUGGAAUUUUCUAAACGACACAGCUCCUGAGUACUCGUUCAUCAACCAGGCCACCUCGGACGGCUACGCGGUUCUCACCUACGACCGCCUUGGCACUGGCCAGACGUCUCAUCCGGAGAGCGGCUUCAACCAGACGCAGAUCGCCACCGAGGUUUCCCUGCUCGCCAACCUCAUCGGCCAGCUGCGCAACGGUACCGCCUUCGAAGGUCAACAGAACUACACCAAGAUUGCCGGGGUUGGCCACUCAUUUGGCAGCCUGCAGAUGCAAGCCCUCACCGCUACGGCUCCCGACCUCCUUGACGCUGUAGCCCUCACUGGCUUCUCCAACUCAUCGGCCGGCAUCAUGCAGUUCCUCACCGGUGCAACUCUGACGCCUGUCAACCAGGUCUUCUCCAAUGUCUCCCGCUUCUCCAAUGAGUCGUCUGUCUACCUCGUCAAUGGAAGCCCAACCUCGACCUAUGAGCUCUUCCUUUGGCCUCCUAACUACGACCCGGAGUACGCUGCCAUUGCCGCCGGCCCAGAGUAUGCCGACGCCGUGACCCUCGGUCAGCUCACGUCGCAGUCUGCCCUCAUGAUGUCGGCCGACUUCAAGGGUCCCGUCUUUGUCAUUUCAGGCGAGCACGACUUGCCCUUCUGCGCUGGCAACUGCCAGCCCCCUCUCCUCGAUGGUGUGCAGAUGCUCUACCCCAUGGCGGGCAACUUCUCCACCUUCAUCGAGCCGGCCAGUGGCCACGGCCUUGUUGUGGGCUACACCGGACCUGACUCAAACAGGAGAGUCGUCGACUUCUUCAAGGGCAACGGGCUCUGAGCUCGUUACGUAAGACGCUGAGCUUCUCGCAGCUCGCUCUACGCACGAUCAUUCUGCUUCACUCCUUUCGCUAGACUACUGCUUCACUACCUUCACUGUAUUUGUUCCUUUCGCUGCUUUUCGACUAUCUUGGACCGAAUUUGUCUUGCUUUAAUACGAUCCAUCUUUUC